AUGGCAGCAAUCAAUGGUGACGCCAACCCCACCACCAAUGGACAUUCCUCGAUUCCCCCAGUCACCAGAAUCUUUUCCAACUUCACAGCUAAUGCCGAUACGAACUUGUUGACCGACCAGAUCCGAGCAAGUCUCAAGGAGUACAUCAUCGACUAUAUUGGCGUCACCCUCGCCGCGAGCCAUAGCUCUGAUUCCACAGUCUCAAUAUGCAAUGCUGUCCAAGCCUUGGGUGGACAAAAGGGUGCUUGCACUGUCCUGGGCAAAGGGAAAACCUUUACGCCACAGUUUGCCGGCUUGCUAAACGCAGCCCUGGGCCAUUCCCUCGAUUUUGACGACACUUAUGCUCCUGGUACGCUUCAUGCCGGUGUCACCUCGAUAGCCGCCGGUCUGACUCAAGCUGAAAUCUUGGGUGCAUCGGUCGACAUUGAUCAUUUUCUCUUGGCCGUUGCUGUAGGCUACGAGGUGACAUGUCGCUUGGGCAGGGAGUUGGGCAAUGAAGCCUAUGCCCGAGGCUUCCACAAUACUGCGACGGCCGGCAUCUUUGGUGCUGUCGCCACCAUUUCAGUCUUGAAGAAUCUUUCCGCCGACGUGAUUGAGAAUGCAUUUGGCCUCGCCGGAUCCAAGGCUGCGGGCUCCAUGCAAUACCUCGAAAACGGUAGCUGGAACAAGCGACUGCAUCCGGGCUUUGCAGUUCACGAUGCCUUUCUCUGUGUAGCACUGGCCGAGGCCGGUGUCAUCGGUGCGGCCAGCAUCAUUGAGGGCACAUUUGGUUUCUUGCACGGCUACAGCCCCAAAGAGAACAAAGACCUGGACUACUUGACCAGUGAUCUAGGCCAUCGAUGGGAGUUCCUUCUCACUUCGCUAAAACCUUUCCCGGCAUGUCGAAUGACUCAUGGCUUCAUUGAACAUGCCGCCAAACUGGGCCACGACAAGAAGAAAGUGGCCAUUGACCAGGUCCGCGCCAUCGUCCUGUCCUUGAGUCCGAACAAUGUCAGCGUGGUAGGUGCCCCUACCCCGAACAAGAUUCACCCCGAGAACAUGGUCGAUGCGCAGUUCUCUGCCUAUUUCACUACCGCCAACAGCUACCUCUAUGGAUCCGACAACGGAGUUCGAUGUUAUGAGCAGGAUCGACUCCACGACUCGGGUAUUCGUCAACUUUCAGACAAGAUCAGUGUCGUGCCAGACACGUCUCUGAAACAAUUCGGCUCCAAACUGAAGAUUGAGUACGAGGACGGGACCUCAGAUGAAGUCCUGAUUCCAUUCCCACUCGGCGAAUCACAGCAUCCGUUUACAAGAGAUCAAGUCAAUGACAAGUUCUUCAGCUUGGUUAAUCCUGUCGUAGGUGAGGCCAGGGCCAAGGAGGUCUUGGAUAUGGUGGACAACAUCGAAAACCACACCGUCACUCAAUUACUUCAGCUUGUGGCUUAAGUGUGGUCCACAGGGAUGUCGGCAGUCUUUCUGGCUUCCACAGCACUUUGUGCAAAAAGACAUACCUCACGUGCAGGUGCAUCUUCUUCAAUGUUGUAAUGGUAGCCUGUUAACACGGAUCCGGUCUAGACGUCCUGAUCGUACCGUGAUACCUGAAU